AUGGACUGAUUGACUGGCUGGCUGGUUGGCUGAUGGUCUCUUCUCUCUCGCCGAGCCCCUUUCCGUUUCCAGGCCUCUCUCGCCAGUGCAAGACCUGUCACCUCCGCGCAGCCAGUAGCGCGCGUACUCGUAAUGACCGUAUUACACACUCGCUGGAUCGCGCCUUUGCCUCAGACAAGGCCUCGACUGUCCCCGGCGCCCUCUACCUGGCGUGCGAACCCAUUGGGAACGGCCACAGGGCCACGUUCGCACUUCUCCGUGCUAUCAAACCGGUCAAUCAAACAUGCCUGGCCCACAUCUCCCUCCGUUUCUCCCCUUAACGGAGUGCCCAGCACUUCGGCCCCACCGUAUGGAAGCCUUCUGGAAGCCCUCUUGCUUCUAGUGCCAAAAUUUGCCAUGCUGUGGAGAAAAGGGCUAGCACGUUUCAGCACUUCUGCCCUUCAUUUUGCUCGUUCGUUUUUCAUGUCGGCGCUCUGGCCACCGCCCGAAGAGGACUGCACAGCCAAAAAAUCGUGGGGCACCAGGGCCACUUCUGAAAUUGGAUGCUCACCCCAGACUGGAGCCAUACAGAGCUGAGGCUGCGAAAACGAAAUGCUACUAGCAUCCAUGGCGAAUGGUGAGCGAUACAUUCCGCUCCGUACCGCAUGCUACACACGCACGCACA